UUUUUUUUUUUUAAAGCAGAACCAAGAACAUUCCAUUUUGGGGGGAAAUCAGAUGUUCUUUUUUUUUUUUUAAAUUCAGGCAAGGCUGCCGGCUCCAGGCUGAGGCACUGGUAAAAAAUUUCUGCGAUCCUCCCAGCAAGGGAAGUCUGAUUAAGAAACUCUUACAAAUAAAUGUUUAUUAAAGGGCAACAGUAUCUGGUCUUGGGCUGCACUGCAGAGGUGUAGCAGGUAAUUUGCACAGAUCUCCCUGAGUUCAGUUGGUUUCCAGCCUCCAGACAUGCACUUGACCCGAAUGGCCUGGAAGUUGCUCCAGGGCAAAGGCAGUGUCUUUUCCGAGGUUGUGGGCCCCCUCGCGUUGAGCAUAAUGGGUUGUAAAUUCUAGGUCCUCGGUGAAUAAGUGUUUGCUAAGUGAAUGAAAACAUCUAGAAUCAUCCUGUUCCCAUAGCACGCAUGUGCCGUCCACAUCAGCUCAGUGCUUCACUGAGUUUCAAAUCAUGGGCUAAAAAUGAAGAUAAAGUACAUGCGUCUAACUUAGGGUACAGGAGGCAGUCUGUCUUCUAAGACCUUCGCAUCAGCUGAGUUUGAGAACCAGGGCCCUGUGUUGAAUUAGCUCCGUAAUAACCACACUGAUGGCUCCUCUGCCAGGGGGCUCUGGUUGACACCUAAUUAAGUUUCGGUUGACCUCUCCCCAGAGUUACUGGGAACUUUUAUUUCCUCUGUCAAAGCACAAAAUAGACUCAGGGGAACUUCCCCAGAAAAGGCCAAACCUGGCCUCUUGUGGGUUCCACAUGGGGACCCACGUGAAUGUCACCAAGCCUUUGUAAAGUUCCCCCUGGCUUCCUGUCCCCCAGUCAACUGUAUCUGUUCACAGCACCAGGCUCUGACCUGGGCUUAGGCCAUCAAUGUCCCUUGCUUCCCAGGGACCCUGAGGCUGGAUUUCUUGCCUCUGUCCUUGCCCUGUUCCUCCGCUGACAUCACCCCCCACCCCACAAAGCUCACCACUGGUCCCCUCCAGUCUGGGACUGUAUCCUAGAUUUUGUAGCUCAACCGAGAGAAUGUGAACUUGAGCCCUCAUUCCCCUUCCCUUUCUUUAACCCAUGAACUUUACGUAGCCAUUUGCACUUAGAGUGGUGCCUGUGAACUCAGACCCCUGCCAGCACCACACAGAUCACAUCACGUGUGGAGCUGGUGGGCACCCUGGGAAGUGGGCGGGAGCUUCCCAGGUCUCUGCCGAUCCUUGGCCUCCCUGCUUGGAUAGCAGAUGGUGCAGAGCGUGAGUUUGCUGCCGUGGAACAAAGAGCUGCAUGAGAUGCUGAGCGGCCACCAGAACCUGCCCCCCACCCAGUUUAGCUGCAGUGGGGGAGAGGUGGGAGGGCAGAUUAGCUACUGGAGGCUGGACAAGGAGGGCAUACGCAUCUUAAUUCUGGCUGGUAUACCCAAGUCUUGAUCUUUUAUUUUCAAGAGAAAGCAAAAACCUGGAUUUUUUCAUGUGAAAUACCCCAAUUUUCAACACAGCCUGGUUUAGUCUAAAAGCUCUGUGUUGGCUAAUGGAAACCACCCGUAGGUUGUACUCAGGCUGCGGACUGCUGGUUGGACGGCUGCCUUACUGAGACCCCACACGAGCUUCGGUUCCUUGAUUCCUUGGGGCAUCUUUAUGAUCCACCUUUUGGGUGCAGAAAGCCCAUAGGUGAAUGGAGGAGCUGGCUCUGAGCCUGCUUCUUUCAACUCCAAGUCCACGGGUCCAGCUGCUGCAACGAGAGGUUUCCCAGCUGCCGAGUUUUCCCCAAGUGCUUGUUCCUGGGAUGAGGGAGCCAUCCUUCAACUCUGGGCAACACGGCACCUACCAGACCCAAAGGUCUCUGGGCUGGCAGGUCUUAGUGCUCUGCAGGGAAGCUGAGCCACUGCAGCGGGAGCCUCGGGGGGCCUGGGGCACCUUGGGCCAUGGGAGCAGGAAGCCAAGGUCUCUUCCUCAAGCCUGUCCUCUUCUGCCACCUUGGACGUAAGCUUCUCUCUGCUUCUCCCUCAGGUGAGCCUGAAGCUGAGGCCACCUACCAUGCUGCCUCCUAGUCUGAACCUGGGUCCAGGUGAUGUGAGCGUUAGCUUUGCUCUCAUCUCCCAGGGUGACUUUGGAUGUUUUUCUUCCCGUGGGUGGAGAGUCCACACAUGCAAAGUGAGAGGCUUCAACGAGUGUAUAUACCUAUUGAGACUCUGAAUGCAUGCGACAGAAAACCCAGCUCACGCCGGCAAAGGCCAAGACUGGAAAUGAUAGUUGACAUCAUAAAGUAAAAAUAGCAGCGGUUUGAACAUUAUUUCCGUAAAUUGGCCUCUUUGAUCUGUCUCUCAGCUCUGCUCUCCUCUGUUUUGGCUUCCUUUCAAGGUGGCCACAGGUCACUCCAGGUCUACAACUUGCUGGACUCAAGCACAGGGACAAAGAGGAAGGUGGCCUCUCUCUGGACAGCAGCAGCUGAAGGAGAGGUUGUCCUUUGCAGAAAUAAUUUCAGCAGGCUGGAUUAUAAGGAAGACAAAGCCAGAAGGCCGGAGGCCAAGUACGACAGAUUUGCCAGGUUCCAUGCGAAACCUAGUCUGCUUAUCACACAAUCUGGAGAAGGACGAGAACCCGGGUUCGCCGUGAUGUCACCACCGGCGGCUGGGAGCCGGGGAAAGCCACACAUCCUCUCGGAAUCUGGUUUCGCUUCCGCGCAAAGGACCUCACAGCCUCGCCCGGCCUCGCUCCUGGCUCGGUUCGGAGGGUCAGCGGGACGGUGUCCGGCGUGCGCGCGCGGUUCGCCAAGCCUCUCGCGCGCCUGCAGCCUGGCGCCCGCGGUGCUGGAGGUGAAAGUGGUCUGUUCGGAGGCUGUGGACUUGCCCUGCCCCGUCCCCUGGGACCCGCAGGUCCGCUACACGGUGUCCUGGGCCAAGCUGUCCGGCGGCCGUGCAGAGAGCCUGGAGGUGCCCGGGGAAGAGCUGCGGUCCGCUCUCCAGAAUGGCUCUUCGGGGGCCCCCAGUGGGAGGCUGUAUUCUCUGAAGAUCCAGAACACUACCAGCUGCAACUCGGGGGCCUACCGCUGCACUCUGGAGGACCCGGAGACCCAGAGAAACCUCAGCGGCACCGUGAUCUUGAAAGUGACAGGAUGCUCUAAGGGACGCAAAGAAGAUACUUUUAAGAAAUACAGAGCUGAGAUUGUCCUGCUGUUGGCUCUGGUCACUUUCUACUUAACACUCAUCAUUUUCACCUGCAAGUUUGCACGACAGCAGAGUAUUUUUCCAGAUUUUUCUAAACCGGUCGUAGAACAUGCUUUUCUCCCCGUCACCUCCCCAAAUAAGCCCUUGGAGCCAGUGACUCUUCACAAGACAGAGCUGGUAUGAGCAGGAUUUCUGCAAGCUGUUUUUUUCCCGAGUCGAAGGCUCCAUGUCCCACUGGACAGAAGCACGAGCCCCACCCCAAAGAUGACAUCCUUCCUGUGAAGUCCUUCGAGUGACGGAAACAUGCAAAAGGGGGUCCCACCCCACUUUUCGUGAGCAGGACCUUGGGAACUAGGAUGUGACCCCCACGAAGCCUGGGGCCGCCCGGCAGGUGCUUUCGAGUGCUGCUCCUUUAUUCUGAGCGUUUUAUUCAGCUACCUGGUCAACUCUUUGGACUUUUUUUUUCAGUGCUAUGGAAGCUACGGUGAUGAGAUGUUGCAAGAGGAGCUUGGGAACUGUGCAUGUCUAGCGCUGGCCCUGUGCCGACUUUUGAGGACAGCUGUCCUCUUCCACAUCUGGAGCGCAUCUCUGAAUGCCAGUUUUUUUCCCCUCCAAACCUAGAUGCUUUAUGUCUGGGAGAUGUUGCCAAGCCAAGACGUGAGACAGUGGGAAAUGCUUAGCAAAUAAUUUCCCUGUGUGAAGGCCCUGCUCUGACCAAGGCGUUUGAUGUGUAUACAGACCUAACAAGGCGAUGAACGGUCCCCAGCAGGGCCCUCUUCUCCAGGAAGGACUUCCAUAAAGAAGCAAUAGAGAAGACUUCCACGUUUAUUUUUAUAGCUGUAUAUACGUGUCGAAGAAGGACUUGGGUUUCUUUUCCUUUGUAAAUCUCCAUCUUCAGUUAGAGACUGUUGGCAACUACAAGCAAGCUGCCCAGGGACGGUGAGAAGACGUCAGAGAGGGUGACCUGCGGAGGCCGAGCUACGUGGUGACCUGAUGGCCAUGCUGGACCCAUCCUGCAGCCUGGGUUGUCCCACCCCCUAGCUGUCUGAUCGUGGGCAAGACCCGUGUGGUUUCUGCUUUCUCAGAUGCAAACCAAAAGGCCAUAAUGCCUUUCCUGGUUCAUGUUUUCCAUCGUUCCAAACAAAGAAGGCAAUGGAGGAGGCGUGCCCACCGUCUUCAUUGGGAAUUCCUCUGGGGAAGGGAGCCCAGUGCCGCGUUCUUGAAGCCCCAGCCAGAAGUCCCCCAAAACCACGCGGAGAAGCUCUCUCAUGUUCCACUGGCGUUUUGGCAGCUGUUGUGUUUCCUUAUCAAACUUGGCCCUUCCCCUCCUUCUUUCCCAAAGAGGCUGGGAGCCUACACUAAUAUGAGAGGGGAAGGGAUGCCAGGGGUCAUGUUUCUGUCUCUUUGUCUGAGCGUUCGUGUCAUUAAAUGUGUGCGUGUGAAGAG